CCCGUGUGGCGGUGGCGCCGGGCUGCGGCUUUCCCCUCUGUCGCGCUGUGUCGGGGCGGGGGCGCGGCCGCCUCUUCCCCCAGGCGCUGGACUGAGAAAAAUCAGCAUGGAUAAAAAUGAGCUGGUGCAAAAGGCCAAACUGGCUGAGCAGGCUGAGAGAUAUGAUGACAUGGCAGGCUGCAUGAAGUCUGUGACUGAGCAAGGAGCUGAGUUGUCCAACGAGGAGAGGAAUCUUCUCUCUGUUGCUUACAAAAAUGUCGUAGGAGCCCGUAGGUCAUCUUGGAGAGUCGUCUCGAGUAUUGAACAAAAGACAGAAGGUGCUGAGAAAAAACAGCAGAUGGCCCGAGAAUACAGAGAGAAAAUUGAGACAGAGCUAAGAGACAUCUGCAAUGAUGUGCUGUCUCUGUUGGAAAAGUUCUUGAUCCCUAACGCUUCUCAAGCAGAAAGUAAAGUUUUCUAUUUGAAAAUGAAAGGAGACUACUACCGUUACUUGGCUGAGGUUGCUGCUGGGGAUGACAAGAAAGGGAUAGUGGAGCAGUCACAACAGGCCUAUCAAGAAGCUUUUGAAAUCAGUAAAAAGGAGAUGCAGCCAACACAUCCAAUCAGAUUAGGUCUGGCUCUGAACUUCUCUGUGUUUUACUAUGAGAUUCUGAAUUCCCCGGAGAAAGCCUGUUCCCUUGCAAAGACUGCUUUUGAUGAAGCCAUCGCUGAACUUGAUACGUUAAGCGAAGAGUCAUACAAAGACAGCACGCUAAUAAUGCAGUUACUGAGAGACAACUUGACAUUGUGGACAUCGGAUACCCAAGGAGAUGAAGCUGAAGCAGGAGAAGGAGGGGAGAAUUAACCAGCCUUCCAACUUUCGUCUGCCUCAUUCUAAAAUUUACACAGUAGACCAUUUGUCAUUCAUGCUGUCCCACAAAUAGUUUUUGUUUACGAUUUAUGACAGGUUUAUGUUACUUCUAUUUGGAUUUCUAUAUUUCCCAUGUGGUUUUAUGUUUAAUAUUAGGGGAAUAGAGCCAGUUAACAUUUGGGGAAUUUAUCUGUUUUCAUCUGAGGUGGCCAAUAUAGGGUUGUGAAAUUUUUAUACAAGUUUUACAUGUUUGGCAUAGUACUUUUGGUACACUGUGGCUUCCCACAAGGUGGCCAGGGUUAAACAACUUCCUAUGUUGAACAAAGAAAACUGCUUGCGUAUUGGUCUGUCAUGAUGGGGAAAAAAGGGAUAAUCAGUUGCAGCCACAGGUGUAGUUAGUGUGAGUACUUCAAAGCUGAAGCAUACCAUGGCUGUGGGGGAACAGAUGUCCCAUGGAUAUUGCAUGUCAAGCAUGUGAAAUCCUAUGGAAUAUAUAAUCAAGUGUACAUCUUUGAUUGCAGCUGAAAAGUGUUCCUUAAGGUAGUUUUGAUCACCCAGUCAACUUUCUCUAGAGAAGGGCAGAAACGGUUCACAUUCCAUUAUUUGUAAAGUUACCUGCUGUUGCUUUCAUUAUUUUUGCUACACAUUUUAUUUGUAUUUAAAUGGUUUAGGCAACCUAAGAACAAAUGUACAAGUAAAGAUGCAGUAAAAAUGAAAUGCUUGAUAUCCAUUACUACACUGUAUAUUGAGCACAGCAGUAAAACAAAAACCCAUGUAUUUAACUUUUUUAGGUUUUUUGCUUUUGUGAUUUUUUUGAUACUUGCCUAACAUGCAUGUGCUGUAAAAAUAGUUAACAGGGAAAUAACUUGAGAUGAUGGCUAGCUUUGUUUAAUGUCUUAUGAAAUUUUCAUGAACAAUCCAAGCAUAACUGUUAAGAACAUGUGUAUUAAGUUGAUGUAAGUGGAAUAAAAGUUUUAUGAAUGGACUUUUCAA